CCCUGCUGCCAGAGCGAGCUCCCCCGUAGCCUGCCCCAUACACUCAAGGACGCACACCGUCCAUCGGACGUCUGGCCAAUCACGUAGCUGCCUUCUUUAUAGCGCCUCCAUGAAGCCGGCGCCAUUACAGGAGUCCGUGCACGAGCAACUCACUCGCUUAGAUGAAACAAAGGAAAAGCACGAAAAGAAGAAACGCAACAAGAAGCGAACAGCUGAAAGCGGAAAGAGUCCGGACCCCCUGAGCCCCACAACGGAUGAAGUAGAUCGUACGGUCGAUGCUGAAAAGCGACCCAAGUCGAAAUCAAGCCGACGAAAGCCCCGCGACGCUGUGGCGUCAGUUUCGCCUGGCCAUUAUGACCAAGUGUUGUCGGACGCAAACGCGAAAGGCGAGACGGGGAGUCCAUCGCAGCAAGAGGCUCAGUCUCCCCAAGCACCACAAGAACAACCGCAGCAGCAACAGCUGUCGACGCAACCGGCUGUCGCAGGCAGCACGGAAUCACAGGAGCAGCAGCAAGUCGGGAAACAACCAACUCCUGCCGACAAACCGGUAGCGGUAACCGCAGACGUCUCUAUCCGCCCGAGCUUGGCCGCCAUAUUUGCGGCCUGCCUGCUUGCGGUCAUCGCGAUCUCCAUCAGCGUUGUGAUCUUCAACUUGUUCGACCGCAGUGUAGGGGAAGGCUGCGUUUACGCUGCAUGCAAGGAGGUGCUGGAAUACAUGGACGCCAUCGUGGACAGGAAGGUCAAGCCAUGCAACGACUUCUACCGGCACGUUUGCGGCCACUGGCUCCCACGGGAGACCUCGCCAACGCCGACGCCAGCGCCGCCUACGUCUUCCUUCAUGGCGGACGUUCUACGAAACUACACCGCUAGGAGGCACCGCGAGAUGAUGGCGCGGGAGUCGUGGGCGGAGCCUGCCGACUCGGUGUCACGUUACUACGUGUAUUGCGUGGCCUACAACAGCGUCCCGCGGACCCUGCAUGAAACAGUGGAGAAGCUCUUUGAGGUCACUGGCAUAACCGUGGCACCAUGGCAAAACAUUUCCAUGGAUGUUGCAGUUGCCGACCUCGUACGGCUGACCUACGUCUAUCGGUUGCACUCCCUCUUCAGGAUCACUACGCGCAAAGACGAUUUCCAUACCUACUUAGAAAUAGACAGGUGGACUUCCUUCAAACGCCGGCUUCCCAACAUCGGCAAUGACAGUCAAGAUAACGCGUUUCUCGAAUCCGUGUUGAAUGCCAUCGCAGGCAAGGACGUCAAUGCCACGGUGGUCAAAGAAUGUUUGGCUCUCGAUGAUAGCAUCGGGCUUAAGGAAACGCGGGGUCACAAUUCCCCGCCAGACCCGAUUUCAGCCGACGAUUGCACCGAGUUUCCGCCUCCGAAAUGGGUUACGCUAGUCAACGCUGUUGAAGACGCGCCAAAGUUGCCCGCCAACGUUACUGUCAUCGGGAGAGAAUUCAAAGAUGCGUGCAGCGAUAUCAUGUCCGUUUUUCUCCACGUCGAAUUGCCCGUAAAGGCAUUGUACCCAUUGGCACUGGUGGCGGUUAACGUACUGAAGCUCGACUACAUGCUCGCCUCAGGUUCGAAGCUCGAACCGGAGCUGGUGCAGAAGGUCUGCCACCAGGACACCAUGGCCGUCUUCAAACGCCUCUGGCUACCGUCCUUGACCAAGAUACUGUCCAUCUCAUCGGAGACCGCCUUAACCGUGGGCAGCUACUUCUCGGUCUUCAAGACGGCGAUGGAGCAGCGCAUCGACGACGACCUCAAAUGGAUGAGCGAGGUCGACCAGGAACGCACCUUGUUGAAUGCGAAAGAGUUGCAGAUGUCCAUGUUCAGCAAUAGCUCCCUGUCUGAGCAGGAAAUUGGCGACAGCCGCUUCAACCCGAGUUUCGGUAUGCGCGAGAACGACUGGAUCUUCAACAAGGUGACCGUGCUGAAGAGGCUCAAGCUAGCCGACGACGCGGACGACGACGCUGACGCGGUGCGAGACGACGACGAAUACGCGGACACCGUCGAGGUCGAGCUGGCUGUCGACCCCACCGCUGGCAAGAUCACCGUGCCACACAUGUUUGCCGUCCCGCCGGUGUUUUUCGACGACCUGUCGGGCGCCAGCUACCCCAACAUCGCACUGCUUGGUGUCCAGAUGGCGCGCAAGAUGCUGGGCCUUCUCAUCGGAUCGCAAGUCGCCGGGUACUCGUGGUCUAACGAGACAGCGACUGCUUACAGCACCCUACGAAAGUGCUACGCCAACCGGUCGGCCGCAUUUCACGCACCUCUGGAAACUGAACAGCAGUUUGACGAGGCCGUCGCGGCAGCCCUGGCGAUCAAGCUGGCCUAUCGAUACAGGCCGUUGAUGGGAGAGGGCAGCUCGGUAGACGACCCUAAAGUUUCAUCAGAGGGCCUGUUCUUCAAACGGGCUUGCCUUUCCCUCUGCGCUGGCGGGCAGUUGCGCCAGGACUUCAAUUCCUUGGAGAGGGACGUCGCGUCAGCUGCUUGCACGCUUGCCGCGUCCAGCAUGCCGGAGUUCCACAAGACAUUCGGUUGCCGCGAUAAGGACCCUAUGGCGGCACCGAAGCUGUGCACAUUUUAGACAUCAUUAACUUGUCCGCUGACGAACACGCCACUUGGCCAGACGAUCUAGGAUACAGUGCUGGACCCGUGACCCUCAUGGGUGUUUCGUUUUCGUACGUGAUUAUCGCCUCUGAGAAGAGGGACAAACGCUUUUCGCUGAUUUGUUAUUUUUCCUUUUUUUAUUAUUGUGCGCGCAAUUCCCGUUGUCCUUUCCACAAGGCGUUCUGACAUUUUAUGACCGCACGAUAUCUGACCCUAUUACCGGCGUUAGACAUACGGUGAUGAUUCUAUGCAUGAUUUAAUAUAUGUGAUUGUGUUAACAGUUUUCAA